AUGAGGAUGACAAUUAGCCACCCACCUAAGGCUGGAAAACCAUACACCAAAUGGAGUGAAGUUCAAGACGAACAUUUCAUUUAUUUUAUUGCUGAACAAGUUAAGUUGGGAAGAACGCAACAAGGAGGAUUAACGACCGAAGGAUGGGAUGGUGUAGAAAGAGAAAUGAAUAAGCUAUACGGGGACAAGUUAGAUAAGACUAAAAUGAAAAAUAGGAUGAGGACCUUGAAGAAAACAUAUGCUACUAUGAAGAGAAUGAUACAACAUAGUGGAUUUGGGUGGAAUGAGGAAACUCGAAAAGUUGAUGCUGAAGAUGAUGUCUGGGAGAAGAAUGUGUGUGAAAUUAAUGAUGCUGAGGAUUUUCAAAAUGAGUUUUCCGAUGAUGAUAUAACUGCUGAAAAAGUUACUAAACCUGCUUCUAAAGAUGUACAAUUUGUGGACAAUGACAAUGGAUGUUUUGAUCAGAAUAUAAACUUUACGAGUAAUGAAGUAACUCAAUCAUCUAGUCAAGAUAAGAGAGCAGGAAAACGACGUUUAGCUGAGCAACCAACUUUGACAUCACGUCCAAAAAGAAUUAGAAACUCUAUUGGAAGCAGCUUGGCUAAAUCUGUUGAUAGAUGGACAUCAAUAGCUGAGGAACAAAUAAGGAUACAACAUGAACCAAAAAACACGUCUGCGGAGAAAUUAAUGCCUUUGAUAUUGGAACUAGGCUUGUGUGAUGAAUGGAAUAUACAAAUUAUUGACCUCCUAACAAAUGAGAGAAAUGCUGAAGUCUUUGCUGCUAUGGCUCCAGAACUUCGGAAGAAAUAG